AAUAUUUUCGUCUUGUUUGCUAGCAGUCAACUCUGGACAGUUUGGUUUAUAAGCAUUGACACGUUUUAAACAUUACCACUUGGAUAGCACAUAUGCACAUUCAACUUAUUAAACAACAAGAAAAUGCAGACAGCUUUCGUGAAAAAUUAUUUAAGUAUUCUCUUGUUAUCAAGUAUUUGUUUUAUUUCUGUCUUCUCGGCAAUAUGGAUCAGGAUUGAUCCGGAUUCAGCAGAGGCUGUGAAAGCUAGAGACCGCAUCGCAAAAGAACUGAUUAGACGGGUUGUAGCUACGGAGUUUGCCUUUAAAAGGCUUGACCCUGCUCCUUACACAACCGAAUACCGCAUUAGGUUCACCGGUUCAAUGCCCAUUCCUGGCAUAUUGGAAACAUGCCAAGGAGAUUUAAUAUGUUACCCGUCGGGUCACAAGGUCGUGCAUAAUGCGGGUUGUUCGUAGAAUUUAAAAACAGACAGCAAAUAAACUACAGUUUCUACCAUCAGUGAUGAUUGUUUGCAGAUUUAAAAUCAUGUACAGCUGUUUUUGUUCAAAUUAAUACAUUUCAUAUAAAGAUCCAAUUAAUCAUUUAAAACUGUGGAACUCAUUUAUUGCAAACUCGGAUACAACGUACACUCGAUUUAUAUAAGAAACACUUUCCCCUGUUUCCGAUUUAUUUCACUGUUU